AUCGCUGAACACUGCUGUGUUGUGGACGCCAUGGUAUACAUUCACAAAGGCUAACCGAUACAUUCAUGGGACACCAUUGUCAAACACAAUAUCAUGACUGAAUGUUCACAUUACUAUGCCAACGUUCUGCAUCUCAUUAGAGUACUCAGCUGUUUGAUAUCUGAUUCGCUCUCUUCAAUAGCCGAGGGACGAGCUGCUAAAUGGGUUGCUCUCCCUUCUCUAUGGGCAAUGCAUGGAUUGCAGGAUGCUAUAUAAAGAGGAUGCUACGGUGGAUUUUACAAUCGUAGGAAAUGUGCAUUGAGUUCCCAAUAUUUUGAAACGACCAAAUGUCUGAUGCAUUAUGGGAAAACUUUUUACAAACAGAAUGGCGGCCAAAGUCUGCGAUAGCGAUGGAAGAACUGGAUUUUCACAGCCUUUGAAAAAUUCAAGUACAAAAUGGCAACCCCCUCCAAGAAAACACUGUAUUGCUCAAGUCACAGGUGGACUAGAAGACAUCUAUACAAAGAUAGAAUCUGGUUGGCAAAAUGCAGAUGAAGAUUUUUCAAAGUGCAUCAAUGAGGAAAAUUUCUUCCAACCAAAUUCUAAAGGAGGACUGCUAGCAGGGCGAUACCAGGUAAUACGUAUACUUGGACGAGGUAUUUCAUCAACCAUCUUACAAGCUCAGGAUACAUUUAGACCAGGUCUCUAUGAAGUUGCCAUUAAAGUUCUGAAACCAGAGUUCUACAGACUGGGCUAUCAAGAGAGCCACCUUAUUGCAGAGCUGAAUAAGGCAGAUAGUCAUAACUUCUGUGGAAUCGUCAGAUUGUUGAAUACAUUUACACUAGGAUCUUUUUUCUGUAUGACAUUUGAACUUCUACGACCUUGGCCCCUUCACCAAGUGUUCAAAAAGAUUACUGACAAGAAAGAGGUAAGUUAAAAAACUCCAAAAAUAUUCAAUUGAAAGUAUUGAUUUUGUAAGUAUUUUUCUUAGCGGUUUACUUGGCGAAGCAAAAUGCUUAAACUUGUAUUCAGAUCACAUCUAAGUAUUUUACUUUUAUCGAGCCAAAUUUAAACAAAAUACUGACUGGUAAUAACCAUUGUGAUGUCAUAAAAUUUGAGCCAACUAACGUGCAAUGUAUGUAUCCAUCUGUACGCAUAAUAUGUAAUUAUGUGUAUCACAUUUGUAAACUGCACGCAAGCCAGACCUAAGUUUGGUAGGCGGCUGACAUAGAAUUAAGCAAAAUAUUUAGCCAAAAAAUGCAAUUGAAUACCAAUGGUUGAUAAGUACUUAAGCAAAAUACUGAGUAAAAUACUUAAAAUUCUGGCUUAAGUAUCAAGCUGAAUACCGGCCCCGGUAUGUAGGUGAGACCAUGAUUGUUAAUAUUUCAAUUUGCAGACUUUCAGUUUCAUUAUUUUCACUUAAAGAAAUAUUAGAAAUAGAAGACACCUUGAAAAUACAUACCAGUACAAACAAAAAAAGUCCUACUUUUUACAAAAUGCAGUUGUUAUUCAGUCUGCAUAUUAUUCAUUUGCUUCCUGAUCAUGCCUAUGGCACAAUUCUGUUGAAAAGUAAGAAAAUAAAAUAUAAGUUCUCUCUAACUUUGUUUUUAUGUUAAGUUUGAAGUAUGUUGUCAAAUGAAAAGGAAAGAGUUUUAUUAGAGAGAGAGAGGGAGAGAGAGAGAGAAAGAGAAAUAACAAAAUAAGCAUGGUGCUUAGAUUCCAUCGAAAUCAGAAGUAAUAUUGGAUAAUGGCAUUUUGGAGGGGAGAGAUAAAGAGUAAUUGGAGUAAUAGUGUAUUUGAAAAGAUUCCUUUAAGUCUUGUUUUUACCACAAAGAAAUCAUGGGUUCAAGAAGGAUUUGCAAUCCAGGUACAGUAUUGUGAUGGUUAAAUCAUGCUUGUUAAUGGAAGCUUUGAUUGCUUUCCUCAUUUUGAAGAAAAUUUCUGUAUCCCUGCCGUAUUUAGUCUUAUAAGAAACAUUGUAAUUUCAAUCUGUAUUUUGUGUAUUAUCUCUGCAGGAACCAUUUAGCGAAGUAUUUACAUAAAAGGGAAAAUUCUCUUGGGCUAAGCUUUCAAAGGAUUUAAAUGGCAUUACGUGAUACAUCAAAGCAAUAUCAUUUCAUAGAAUAACUGUUGGCUUAUUUCACUCACUUGAUAUCACAUAAUUUUUUUUAAAGAUUCCAAGGUGCACACAUUCUUGAGAAUGUAGGAAUCUAUAGGCUAAUUAUCAGUUUGUUGACACUUCCUUAAAAAUUAGUGUUAGCCGAUACAUACAUUUUCCAAUUAAGGCAACAAUAUACAGACUCAACUCAAUAAAUGAUAAGGAAAAUCCUACAUGUAUAUCCUAGCUCUAAUAAGGGAAGAUAUGGUACAUUUAAUAAAAAAAAAUUAGUGAUCAUUUCAUCCCAAUAUGUAAGAAACACCAUAAUUAUAUAAAUGUUAUGGGAAACAUUUCAGAUUUUUUUCUUUUUUAUUCCCGGAUGCACUGUGAAGUUAUAACAUAGGCAAUAUUGUGUUUCUUGUAUUUAGAUGCUAUUUAGUCAUUAGUAGCAGAUAAGAAUAUCUUGCGAUCAUCAGGUCUCCAGAGGAAUAAACUUUUUCCAAGUCAGUAGGAUUGAGAAGCAAAAAAACAAAAACAAUAUAAAAACAACAGAAUACCUUCAAAAUUUUGGGAAGGAAUUGAAUUUGUUUUGGUUCUGUCUCAAUGCAUUCAAGUAAAAAAAAAGACUCCCAGUAGGCCAGAACCAUUUAAUAUGUAUGGUUUGUCUAGAUGUAUUUGAUGUACCCACAUAUCUACAAUAAAAUCUCAUAAAUCUCUUUACUAACACUAAUGAUGUACAUGUAACAAUAAAAGGCAUGAACUUUUAAACCAUUUAUGAGUACCAGUAGAAAGUUUGAAAGAGAAGUUGAACUCUAGUUCAACUUCCUUUCAUAAUUCAGAAUAUUUGGUAAGAAGUCUCAAGGUGCCAUGCAACCAAAUUUGAUUUUUUUUGUUGAUGUGCACAUGUAUGGAUGCAAACAAAUCAUUUAUCAAACAACUAUAUAAAAAAAUAUUUUCUGAACCAUCACCUGGUCUUUGCAAAACAUGAUGUUUUUCAGGAUAGGUACAACUGAGACAUGUAGAGAUGAAUGAUAAUCAUGUACACUUCUUUCACUACAUUUCAUAAUCAGAACAAUUUUACAAAAUACAUUUUUUAAAUGUCCCCUUUGAAUUUUGAUAACCUACAAUCUUGCUUUUAUUUUUUACUCAUUAUUAUCUUAAUGUAUCAAUUACAUUUCUAAACAAGUAAUGAUAAAUAUUGAUGGGAAUAAAUGUACUUCAUCCAAGCUAUUUUUGUAUUUUUUUUAAAGUUUAUUUUUAUGUUUAUGAAUAUUUCAUUUAAUUUCCAGGAACAGGUAACAUAUAAUAAUAUGAAAAAAAUGAAAACUUAUUGAUAUACAUGUAUACGGUACAUGUUUAACCAACGUAAACAACAACCAAUGCCUUAGGAAUCCCUGAAAAGAAAUAUUCUUGUUUAAAGGCUCUUGUCAGUGGGAAAAAUAAGUUUGCGCCCCGGCCCACGCGGCAGGCUAGCCUCUGAUUUCGGCCACUUUUAGACGUUUUCGGACACAUUCGGAGAUUGCUGGACUAGUCCGACAAAUAUACAUGACGUACGAGGUUUGUGUACGAUUGAAUGGGGCUUACGGAAUUGCACAUUCUACUGUAUCUCCCGAUUGCUUUCCACUUUAAAAGUUGGUGGAUCUAGUUCAUAGAAAUAGGACAUAAGAGCAAUCAAGUAUCCUUGAACAUCCUGUGCCAGAUUCAGGUCACGUGACCAAGGUCAAAGGUCAUUUAGGGUCAACAAACUGGUAAUGUUGGGGGUAUUUGUGGAAUUGUCAUCAUAACGUUAAAAGUUGAUGGAUCUACAUACUUUUAGUUCAUGAAACAGACAUAACAUCCUAGGUCACUUCAGAUCAAUGGACAUAGUAUUUUAUUGUCAUAUGAAUGUUUUCCUUUGUGAAUAAUUAUUCAAUGGCUAUUUUCAAAGUCAGCACUGAUGCUAUAUCAAAUCGCGUAAUGCAGGAGAGACUGCCAGAUGUGUUGCACUUGUACAUUUUAACAGUGGUCAUAUUUCAUGUACACUGUGAGAGUUUUUCAUUUUUGUUUCUACAUAGAACUGUUUUAAUACUAAAUACUAUCAUUUUUUGUGAUGAUGUUUCAUAAAAAAAUAUGAUGGAUUUGUUAGAGAUUUUUUUAUUGACAUUUACCCCUUUUAUAUGUUCUUCCUGGAGCCAGGAGCCAGUAAGCCUAUUUUGAACAUUUAAAUUAAUAAAACAUAAAUAGGAAUUACAGAUCAUGUAUUUAUAUCAGGCAAAGAGAUCAUUACAUCAAAUGCACUUAAUUUUACACUUUGUUUUGAUAAGGAUUCUCUAAUCUUUCUCAACUUUAGUUGGAAGUAAAGAUAAUGUGAUCUCAGUGCAUUUGAUCAGUUUUUCAGUUGUAAUGAAAGAAGAAAAGCAAAAUCACCACAUAUCUUUUCACAACAUACAUAAUUGUGAUUGACAAUGCAUUAUGAGAAAUAGGUCAUGUAAUUCACUUACAUGUAGCUUGAUAUUAUAUAGGAUCAUGCACCCUGUCACCUUUGUAAAUGAUAUAUAAUGAAGUUGGAGCCUGUGUAAUCAUGGAUUUCAAUGUAUGUUAGGUUUUUUUUUUUGGUUAUAUUUUCUUUACCAAUACUCAACGGUAAACAUGUCAGCUUUUUGCUGUAACACUAAAAAAAAAUGAAAAUAAUGUUAAUUGAAUUUGACAUAUUUUCUAAGAACAACUUUUAAAAUUUUAUUCGAGUUUCUUUUCUGAAUAUUCAUUUGUUAGCUUCAUUAAGGUAACUUUAAUAAUGAUUGACUUGCCUAAAUUUAGGCAUACAUCUCUUUUGUAUGUUUGAUUUGAUUGUGAUUGCUCUUAUACCCUUCAUUUAAAAUCUACGCAAUUUUUUUAUAACUUCCUGAUGAAUCAAAAUAUAUUGAGUGGAGGCUUUAAAUAUUGAUAGAUAAACUGUUAUUCAAAAAUCAAUUCAAACAUUAUCUACAAAUUCAAAGUACAUGUAAGUAGUGAUAAAAACACAAAUCAUAAGAUGUGUCUCUAU